CUGGCCAAGGUUACAAAAGAAUUUCUGCAGCACUCAAGGUUCCUAAGAGCACAGUGGCCUCCAUAAUCCUUAAAUGGAAGAAGUAUGGGAUGACCAGAACUCUUCCUAGACCUGGCCGUCCAGCCAAACUGAGCAAUCGUGGGAGAAGAGCCUUGGUGAGAGAGGAAUCAGUGAAGACAGAAAGCAACGAACACAUAAACCUGAAGGUUGCCGGUCAGGAUGGAUCGAUAGUCCAGUUCAAGAUCAAAAGACACACGCCGCUCAUCAAACUCAUGAAGGCCUACUGUGACAGACAGGGACUGUCAAUGAGGCAAAUCAGGUUCAGAUUUGACGGACAGCCAGUAAAUGAGACGGACACGCCAUCACAGUUGGAAAUGGAAGAUGAAGAUACGAUCGAUGUGUUUCAACAGCAGACUGGAGGCCUCUUUUAAUCUUCACCGUUUUCCUCCUGAACACAACCGACCUUCCCGGCCCCUGAUCGACAGUGGCCUCUUGUCUCUGAAGAUUUCCAUGCAGAAGAAGUUUUCCUUUCUCUGCACUACACACAUCUGCUGUAUAGUAUUUUCAUUCUGGCCCUUGUUACUUUUCAGUUUUUUGUUUUUUUUACAUAAACCACACCCAGGUUUUGUUUGUUCAGGCUGUAUUGUGGUAGAUGUUGAGGACUUCUUCUUGAAGGGUUGCAGACAGAUAGGACAGGAGAAUUCAUUAACAGACUUUACUGAACACAUGUUGUUGGUCUCGGUUUGGUGUAAAUCUGUUCUUAAACUGUAUUUGAUCCCUUAGAGAACAGUAUGUCCUGUUUGGUAAUGGGGCUGCAUUGUCAUUUGGUUUCUGUUAUCUUCAGAAAAAAUAUUUGAAUUUUAUACAUUUUUAUAUAGUAGUGGACGUGUAAAGAAAUGUUUUAUUAAUCGGCCAAGCUUCAUAUUUUGGGAAGUGAUGUCUCAGUUAAGGAAAGAGAACCCGGGAAAAACAUUUUAUGUAAUGCUACGAUAAAUUAAAUACAAUUCUGAUCUCCAUAACGAGUCUUAUUUCAGACUAGUGUAAACAAAACAUCCCCAAAAACACAUUUAGGUGUUUAUUUGACUUUACUUUGUUUAUAUGUGAUUUUUGCUAAAUUCAUGAUAAGUUAGAAAUAUAUAAUGUCUCAUUUGCAUCUUUAAAAAUGAAAAGUCAGAAAAAGGUUUUACCCUUUUCACCUGUUUUGUCUUUAAAAUGUAUGACAUUUUACAAUACAUGUCUUUAAAGGCAGUUUUCUUAAAAUUAGUUUUUUCUCAUAAAGUGUUAGCAUUUCUGAUAAACCAAAGUUUCCACUUUCAUUCCUAUCUUUCUGAAAGUUUCCUAAAGAGCGGUUUGUUUAUAAAUCAUUCAUAGCCUGAUUUAUAGAACAUUUUAUUCCUAAAUACAUGGUGAAAAUUGGUUUGUUUUUUAUGGCUGUUGACAGUAUUUUCUGAUUUAUAGAAUGAAGAGAUAUAAACAUGUCCCUCUGUUAAGACCUUUGACUCUAACAUGUCAACAAAAUGAAACAAGAAUUUUGAACCUCACUUUAUUCAAUGUUCAGACUUCUGUUCUGGAAAUGUAUGCAAAGUAGCACAUAUUUAUUAAGAUAAUGCCUCAUUUGCAUAUUUAUAAUAAUUUUCCAGAAAACUUGUGAUACAAAUAAAUGAUUGCCUUAAUAUAAAUCAUUAACUAGGGAAGUUUCACAAUGAUAUAUAUUAGUUAAACAUUUUACCUUAGUCACCCGGGGGUGUCUCCCCUUUAAUAAACAUCUGUAUUGUCUAUUAAGAUGCUUGUUUAAA